AUGGCGAUUGGCCUGGCAGCUCUGGGGCUCCUCGCUUUCCUGCUCGGCUGCUCCGGAACCUUUGCCGAACCCCCAAACUCGGAGCCAGCCGCCAAGUGCUCCCUGACUGGCAGAUGGGUGAAUGAGAAGGGCUCCAAGAUAGUCAUCUCCCCCAGCAAUAAUGCUGGGGUGUUCAGCGGCUCUUACUUGACGGCUGUGGCUGCCACCGACACCACCAUCCGGCCCUCAUCUCUGCAGGGCAUCCAGCACCUGGAGCCUCAACCCACCUUUGGCUUCCUUGUCAAAUGGAGCUUCUCUGCCUCCACCGCCGUCUUUGUGGGCCAGUGUUUCCUAGAUGAGAACGGAGAGGAGCAGCUGAAGACAACCUGGCUGCUGCGUGGAAAGGUGGGAUCCGCGGCAGAGGAUUGGAAGGCAACCAGGGUUGGCACGGACACCUUCUACCGCAUCAAAUGA